ACGAUGACUUAGGCGACGAUUAUCCGGAGAUGCGUGAAGAAGUACACCUUGAGGAUUUCUUUUGGACCGGUUCAGGCGAUGGCCCGCCCGAUUAUCUGAAGAAGGUGCAUACUGGCAUUAGCAAGGGAAAAGAUGUGAUUGUUAAAACAGAGACUGUAGUAGCAACGGUUUACGUCGAUGGUAAUAACGAAAUUGAUAUACCGAUUUGUUUGGAUUGCCCGCCAGAUGAUGGUGGUGGCACUUGGGGUACGGGCGCUCUACCCCCACUCAACUAUUCAGCAACAGAUCGUAGAUAUUGGUUAUUAACAGUAAUGUCUGGUUUUUAUACGCAGAAAGAUAAUCCAUCGUUGGAGGAAAAGUUGGCGCGUUUAUAUCGAUUGGCGUUUACGAGGCAACAGUCAAAGCACUUGGGUAUCAACGGUGCACAUCAAAUCGCCGGAAUAGCAAUAUCAGCGGGUGGCAGGAACAGGCGUGGUCAUCAGAAAACCGGCGCGCCACCAUUUGAGUCCACAACGCUAAAAGGCCUCGACGGUGACGCCGAGAUGCUCGACAUGGCUGGCGGCGAUGUGCAAGCUAAUCCGCAAUCCUUACAACCAAAACGGAAUGCCAACAGAAACACUGAGUGGGAAACGUCUUCUGAAGAAAACGGUGAUUUUUUCCCUGGCACAAGCACCACUGAAGCUUAUGAUUACUCUAUGUCAACUAUUUUCGAAAUAAAUGGUACACACGAAGAAGGCGUCAGUAUACCACCCAUACCCUACAUGACUAUAGUGCCAUGGGAGCUGAUACAGCAGGAUGCGAGAUCAGAAAAACUUCAGGCCACGGCAGCGCUUUUGGAUGCACAGGCUUCAUUGGUACCGCUGCAACCACAAAACCCUUUGCUGCGUAUCGCGCAAGUACGUGUGGUCAUCCAUAAUAUCACACGCUUGACAGAGCAGGAACUACGGCGGGGCCUACAGAGUGUGGGAGGAUACGAUGAGGAUGUCAAUGAGAAAAUCGAUCACCGUCCCAUUGCAAAUCAAACCGAGCUUAUCUAUUCCGUAUUCGUUAAUGGUCGUCCAGUGUUAGCUGUAACGGCGGCUAACGACAUGAAGUUGGUGUCUGAGACAGAGGCGGCUAAUAUCAUUGGGCAGGAGGUCUAUAUGAAAGCUGAACCAUAUCUGCGCGAGCCGCAGGCCACACCUUUAGCACCGGCCAUACGCAGCGGUCAAGCGGGUUUCAUAGAUUCCAUACAAAAUAACACAGCUCUGGUUGUGGUUACUUCGGUAGCGAUUUUAUUGUUGCUGCUGCUUCUAGUAGCUCUUUUACUUAUGGGUCGUUCGCGUGUGCGCGAGAAACAUAGAUUGGAGGAACAAAGGACAACAAGUCGCAAUGAGCUACUCGCCGAACUGCAAUCAGGGCGCGGCGCUUCCACUGAAACUGGUUUGGACACAGGCCGCUCAACCGCACACUCACGUGACGUUGGCGUGCAGAACUUCUCCUUCGAACACGACGGCAACCGGCAUACGCGUGAGCCACGUAUCAACUUCCCCAGCCCGCCAAGAGAACGUGAAUAUCGUCGGGAUUCGCUUACCUCCUCGGAAAAUACAUCGGACUCUUCAGUCUACUGCCCCAUUAAUCCACCAGCACCAGAUGUUCAACGCAUGCUUGAUGAAAAGGCUGCAACUCUAUUCGAAAAACAACGUCGCAGGCAUGCACACCAGCACGAGUACGAUCAAGCAGAGGGUCGCGAGAACGCUGUUUACACUACUGUAAUUACAGAAAAGAAACAUGAUAAGACACGUCGCAAGACGAAACGACGUUAUCUCUCAGAAAACCGUGUGGGUUCUUUAGAGACCAGCCCACGCACACACCAUGCAGCCCAAUCCUCAGGCGAUGAAGUUGUCAGCGGCUCGCUGGACGACGAUCAAUUAAGCCCCGCAUACGCAAAUUUCGAAAAGAAUGAAUCAUUCAAUCCGCACAACAACUACCAUCGCAACAAAUUGUUGCACCAAAAGAGCAUGUAUGGCGAUAAGGAUGACGGCGAACAGCUACAGCCAACAGAAGCUAUAAAUAAAGAGAUCAUACGCGCACUUCAGCCGACAGAAAGAUCUUCUGAUACCGGCAGCAUUGGUUCGUUCUUAUCGAUGGCUUCUGUGAAAGCAUUCCCGAAAAGUUCACUGCCGCAGCCAUUGAAUCGGGUCUUAGACCCGGUCUUCGUUACAUACUACGAUAAUGUUGAAGAUCCCACUGCGAAGAAACAGUCCUAUAGCGCUCGUCCGUUGCCAAAACAGCAGAGCAGGCACGACACUUUAGACGCCACAACAAUAGCAACCAUAGAAAAUUUCCCCACACCGAAAGCGCCAUCGUCGCACGCGCAUUUAGGCGCUUCGCAGAGUGAUAAUCCCGAUCCGGGCGUUGUCGGGCCCAUAGUUUGGGAAAGGCAUAAGAAACGUUUGAAUGAGACAUUAGAUGCUGAUGCUGAUGCGGACGAUAUGAUAAAGAGAUUUGACGAAAGGUACGGCAAUAAUCCGGGAGCGAUAAGAAAUCAUUAUGAGGAUUUGCUUGAAAGCGCCAUGCAAAUGUAUUCCAGUCAAGAUGACUUGCCGAUGCCGUUGCCGACUCGCGACUUCAGCCACAAGCGUAAGCCAACCAAGUGGGAGAAUCGCGGUUCGUCGGCAGGAGUGACAAGUCUCGCUGCACGCCUACAUAAGGGCGAGGCCCGCCCGGCUACUGCCCAGCCAGCGAAAACCAGCAAAUCUAAUCAGUCCACUCAACCACCUUCGCCUGCUAGCGGCGCUUGGGGUGGCAGUAUUUACGGUUCACAUUCACCACUCACCCGUCCAUUUAGCGCUGGACCCAUUCAACGCUCGGAAACGUUUCAGGUAGUUGGUCCACCCAGAUCGGCGUCAAAUCGUUCGGAUUUGUCAGCGGAGCCUCUUAUUGAGGCUAUUAAGAGCGAAUUGCGUAGAUAUAAGGAUGAACAUCAUUAA